GUCCCUCCUCCAGCAUGUCAGCUGUGUGUUUAAAGCAAUGUUAGCGAUCUGCGUAUUCCCAGCCCACGUCGGUCCGACCUCUCACUGGACAUAUACUUUUACUUAAAUUUUACCUAACAUAGUUUACGUUUUCGUCGAGCCUCUAUGAACGCUGCGUUAGAACUAUUUAGUAAUUCGGCUUCAAAUGGAUUAACAUUAGCUACCUGUGGCCAAGCUAGCUAAUCAGAAAGACUGAAGUUAGCCAAAGUUAUCUAGCUGUGUUUCUAUGGACCAUUUUUGUAUUUUUUUUUCUUAAAACAUGAAUGUCAAUGACAGCAUCGUAUCUGCUCCGGGGAAGGCAAUUCUCCACGGAGAGCACGCAGUCGUGCACGGAAAGAUUGCACUUGCUGUGAGUUUAAAUCUAAGAACAUACUUGAAGUUGAAAGCCACCACCACUGGCAAAGUUUGCAUCAACCUUCCCAACAUUGACACCUUCCUUUGCUGGGAUGUGUCUGAGCUGAAGAGGCUUACACAGAAUUCAUGUGGCAGGCAGCAGGAUGAGGUGAAACGUCUCGAUGCUGAACUUGUGAAAAGACUGCAUGAGUUUGUUGGUGCAACAAACGGAAACUUAGAUACUUGCAGCAUGGCUACCUUGGCGUUUCUCUACAUCUACCUCUCCCUGUUUAGAGCAAGUGAGCUGCCAAGCUUGACAGUGUCUGUGUGGUCAGAGCUGCCCACUGGUGCAGGACUGGGCUCGAGUGCUGCCUACUCUGUGUGUUUAGCAGCAGCACUGCUUUGCGCAAGUGGAGCCAUUCCCACUCCUCUCAAAGAGUGCGACCACACUGCCAGGUGGUGCCAGGAGGACCUGGAGCUAAUCAACAGCUGGGCCUUUCAAGGCGAGAUGAUCAUCCACGGUAAUCCUUCUGGAAUCGACAACGCUGUAGGGACGUGGGGUGGCAUGCUGAGGUUCUUGGCCGGAAGGAUCAUACCACUGAGCAGGGUGCCCUUAUUGCGAAUCCUUCUCACUAAUACCAAAGUGCCGCGUAGCACUAAGGUACUUGUCGCCAGGGUGAAGGACAAAAUUAACAAGUUUCCCUUGAUUUUGAACUCUGUGCUCGACUCAGUUGAUGCCAUUUCCUGCACUUGUGAGAAAGUCCUUUUAGAAAUGACGAGUGAGCCAAUCACAGGGGAGCACUACAACGUUUUGGAGGAACUCAUUGACAUCAACCAGCACCAUCUGAACGUGAUGGGGGUGGGACACCCGACCCUGGACACCCUGUGUCAGGUCACGCUCGCCAGAGGUCUCCACAGCAAGCUAACCGGAGCAGGCGGAGGCGGCUGUGGCAUCACUCUUCUUAGACCAGAAACGGAGUCCGUUGUAGUCCAGAGUACAAUUCAGGACUUGAAAGACUGCGGCUUUGACUGCUGGGAAACAAGUAUUGGAGGGCCUGGUGUCCAAGCGCAUUCUCCCCUCUCUGUAAAGGAUACUGUUUUAGGAAUUUUAAACCGUUAUUGACUCUCAACUGUGGUCAUGGGUGUGCAAAUGGAAUCUAUUAGAGAGUCACAAGACCUGAGGUGUGCGCUACUGUGACAGUGCACAAAGGGACAUUUUCACGCAAGGCAAAAGUGGAAAAAAAUUCAAUCAUGUAUUUCCUUGACUGAUAACUGGACAAAAAACAUUUUCUGAUGUUUAAGACCAUGUCCACAUGAACACUUUAAAUAACGUUAAAAGGACCUCAUUUCACACGAGUGAAGUUUCAAAAAAGUCUCUAUCCACACGCAAACACACAUUUUGUCCAAUUGGAUGCCGACAAAAAGCAGCUAUAGCUGACUUGGUGGCUUUAUGCCUCUGUUAUUGUGAUAUACUAUGCAUACAUUGACAUGUACAUUAUGGUUAAAAUCAGUCCAGACUUUCACACACCCCAGGAAACAUCAGUCAUGUUUUUUUAAGUGCCCAACAAUCACGCGCAAAAUGAAACCAACACUCGUGGAAUUAUAACACAUUUAAUCAUCUACAUGUCACAUUUAAUCAGUGACAUGUACAUUAUCUUUCAAAUCAGCACAGGAAACAUAUUGAAGGUAGAGCACCCGCACCCCCAUUUGCCAAAUUGAAACCAACAGUCAAUAACACUCGUUGAGUAGAUACAUGCAUGUUCUGUUGUUAUAGAAGGGUUAGAAUCAUAAGAAAAUAUCCCACUUUUCCUAUGACACAAACUUAAAAAGUCUUGCUUGUCAAAGUUGUCCCAUCAGUUGGGUGUCUAAAUGGAAUCUCAUCCAAAAUCGGUGCUGACGAAAGUGUUGCAGCAGAAUUUUCUUUUUUAAUUAAAAACAACAAAAACAAGUACAAUAAAUACUACUACCGGUAUAUAAAAUACUAUGAUACAAAAUAAUAAAGAGGGGCCCAUUUUAAAGAGAGAAGUUAAAAACUUUAAUUAUAUUUUCUGAGGUUUUAAUAACUUUUUUUUAUUGUCCAGUUAAAGGUGCCAGAUAUAGGAAUGUGGCCAGAAAUGGUACUGCUUUCACGGUCAAAAUUCUGUAGUCCCCUCCCACUCUCCAUGACUGAGGUUGCCAGAUACGCAGCCAAAUCCGAGUGCUACUCCUAGGAACUUCAAAUGGCAAUCGACGAGUCCAAAUAUAUAAUAUAUUACACAUCGCAUAGGCCUACUUUGAAGGCAAAGUAAUGCCUUACUUACCUAUCAAGAAGGAAGUUAGAAAGUUUGGCGUCAGAUGAAAAAAUCUUCUCUGCAUUCAAUCGUCUCCAUCUUUCAAAGGCAUCCCCGAUACAAAUCCUCGUUUUGUUCCUGGCUUUGUCAUGAAUAAGUUGAGAAUUGUAACGACGCCUUUUAGAUUUACUAAGGUCUGACAUGUUUAGUAACUUUACCAGUGGCAGUAGCUUGGCGGAGAUGGCGGUGCGUAACUGGCAACCUGGAUGUGACACACUCACGGACUUUCUUAUUGGUCAAACGGUGGCGGGCGGGGCAUCGAAAUGAAAACAAUAAAAACAUUUCGGGGCUGUAAAUCUAAUUUUGAAAUGAGCAUAUCCCGACUGAACUACUGUUAUCAGUUAUAAAGGUAUUGAAAAAGAACAUGAUUUAUUAAUGCCUUUUGACAUAUCAGGGCCAUUUAAUGAUGACUUGACAUGCAAUUGUUACAUAUGACACCUUUAACUAAGCAGAUGAACAUGUCUGUCCAUUUUGAUAAUUUAUUCCUUUAUUUGUGGUGUUGUCUUUGACCAUUUUCAUUUGUGAAUAUAAUAUUUUGCAUAGGUAAUAAUAAAUACGUUUACAAUAUGUUUCACAAUCAAUCAGCGUGUCUGUCAUAUCUAAACAAAACAGAAUUGGUUCCCCUAUACUUAACUGCAAAACAUCCAAACCUGUAAAUAGUGAAUAUUAUCGAAGAGCCACAACAGAACGAUCAUUAACAGCACUUAAGAAUGAUUUAGCGAAACAAAAAUGGGAUUCUGUUUUUCAAACGUUAGAUAUAAAUGCAGCUUAUAAUUUAUUUCAUGACAUUUUUUUCUCACUUUGAUACACACUGCCCCAUCAAAAAAUGCACUAUAACUAACUCCACAAUAGCUCCAUGGAUAACCAAAGGGCUUGCGAACGCUUGCAAAAAGAAAAAAUAUUUAUAUAGGACUUUUUUUUAGGCAUCAAACCAUAGAAACAGAACAAAAGUACAAAACAUAUAAAAAUAAAUUAACCAGCAUAUUAAGAGCAAGCAGAAAAGAAUACACCACCAAACUAUUAAUCCAAAAGAAAAAUUAUAUAAAGGGAAUUUGGACGGUAUUAAAUACAAUUAUUGGGCAUGGUUCAAACAGUCCUUGUUAUCCAGAGUUUUUUGUUGAGAACGACCAAAUCAUAAGUGACAAGUAAAUGAUUGCUGACUGCUUCAAUAUGGUUUUUGUUAAUAUUGGGCCUAAGCUGGCAGAAAAAAAUCCAAUUAAUAAUGAACAGCCCAUGGAACUUAUUGAAAAAAUAUAUAAUUCACUUCACUUAUUGAAAAAAUUUCUUAUUUGAUGUUCCUUACUCCAACUGGAAAAAAGGAAGUUUUAGAGGUUAUUCAGAAAAGCAAGAACAAAACAUCACGUGACAUUUAUGACUUCGACAUGAGGACGGUCCGGAACGUAGCGGAAGAAAUCAUCAAACCAUUUACACACAUUGCAAUUUAUCUUUUCAACUUGGACAAUUUCCUUCACAAAUGAAACUCUCAAAAGUCAUCCCCAUCUUCAAAUCUGGAGACAAACACCACUUCACAAAUUACCGGCCCGUCUACCUUCUGCCACAGUUGUCAAAAAUAUUGGAAAAAGUAUUUGACAAUAGACUCUGUGGCUUCAUUGAAAAGCACAAAUUAUUAUCUCAUUGUCAACAUGGGUUCCGACAAAAUAGGUCAACUUCAUUAGCUUUGAUUGAUUUAAAGAGAACAUUACUAAUGGUAUCGAGAAGAACAAAUUUGUUAUAGGAUUUUUUAUUGACCUGCAAAAGGCUUUCGAUACCAUUGACCACCAGAUUUUGGUAAAUAAACUGGAAAACUAUGGCAUAAGGGGAUUGGCAGGGAAAUGGCUGGAGAGCUACUUGAAUGAGAGACAGCAAAUUGUUCAGAUCGACCAACAUCAAUCUACACUCAUGAACAUAACCUGUGGAGUCCCCCAGGGGUCGAUACUGGGACCCACACUAUUUAUAAUGUACAUCAACGAAAUAUGUUAAGUAUCAACACUGCUGAAGUUCAUCCUCUUUGCUGACGAUACAACCAUUACAUGUGCAGGUGACGACGUGAAGCAACUUCUGGCCUCUGUAACUGAGGAGAUGAUAAAGUUAAAAACUUGGUUUAAUACAAACAAAUUGUCUCUGAAUUUAAAGAAGACCAAAAUCAUGCUCUUUAGCAAUCGCAAAAGUAAUAUGCCCAUCAGGAUUGUUAUUGAUGAUACACCAAUAGAAUAUGUUCAACAAAAUUCAUUCUUAGGAGUGGUAAUAGAUGAAAAUAUCUCAUGGAAGCCUCAUAUAAGUUACCCGAGGACAAAAGUUGCUAAAUGUGUUGGAAUGAUGAGGAGAUCAUGCCAUUUAUUGAACACCAAUGCUCUGCUGUUAUUGUAUCAUUCAUUUAUUAUGUCGUAUUUAAACUAUUGUGUUGAAGUCUGGGGAAAUUGUUAUAAAUCCCAUCUACAGCCUUUAGUCACUCUGCAGAAAAAGGCCAUUAGGAUUGUGUCCAAUGUUCACUACAGACAUCAUUCAAAUCCACUAUUCAUGGAGUUAAAGCAACUUAAACUGCACGAUGUGAUCAACUUUAAAACUGCUCAAAUUAUGUUUAGGGCAUCCCAAAACUCUCUACCAUCCAAUAUAUACUGAACCUAUUCCAGGAUAGAGAUGCUCACCAUAGUUACAGUCUAAGAGGAAACAACAAAUUAUAUUUGCCUAAAUUUAGAACAGCUUUAAAAUCAAUGUGCAUUUCAGUGUGUGGAGUCACUCUGUGGAACAACUUAGUGGACGAGUUAAAAACAUGUUCUAACAUGAUUCAAUUUAAAACACUGUUUAAAAAAGAAGUACUGAAGAAGUACGAGGAGGAAAGAGAGUGAUGCCCUCAGCACAAAGCGAUGGGAGAGAGGUGUAUGGUCAGAGAGUGUUUGGGCCUGUGUGUGUGUGUGUAAGUGUGUUUGUGUGUAUUUUGCCUCGUCUUGUCUCAUACUAACAGUGGUACUAUUGUAUUGUUAGUGUACAGGAGUUUUUCUUGUUUUUGUUUGUAUGGUAUUGUUCUUGUAUUAUAUUGUUUAUGUUAAAUGUGGAAUGAGUGAGAGGGGUUGGGAUAUUAUAAGCAUCUGCUUCAUCCAACCCCUUUUCAAGCCUUGCACAAAUGUCUCUGCCAAGAUGUAAAAAAAAUGUGUUGUACUGUGCAGGUUUGAAAUAAAUACUUCAAUUCAAUUAAACUGUGAUUUAAUUUUAAACUAUUACAGGCAUAAGUGUCGCAUACUCUCCGUUUAAGUUGUACAAAGGCACGUUUUUAAAAGUGAGAGGUUUUAAGGACAAAAAAUUGCGUUAGGGAUGUGCCGAUCCAUCGGCCACCAUUGGUAUCUGCCAGUUUUUGUGAAAAAAAAAAAAGUUUUGUCAUUGCUGAAUAAUGCCUUUGAUGCCCAUCACAAUGGCUGAUUCCCUUUGGCUGACAGCAUUUGUUAUUAGUCCCCCGGCUGACAAGCGGCUAGCAGUAGUGUGGAACCGAGCCCUGAAGUUAAUAAUCACCUCCUGUACUGUAAAUAAACUGAUUUUAUUAGUGUUUUAAGUAUCAUUGUCAAGUACCAUUGUCACUGGUGGACGAGGUUAAACAUGUUUCGGACUGCUAACCUAGCUUGAAACAACACCAACAAAUAAGUAAAGUAAGUAUACACAAAAGUAUAAGAAGUGUAGCUGGAAUCACUUUACAUGAGAAAGUAAGCAGCUAUUAACAGGAAAUUAACAAGGAGAUUAAUAAGAGUCUAGAGAAGAUACUAUAACAACUAUUUAUGUGUCAGCCACCUCCAAAGACAUGCACCUGGGGAUAGGUUGAUUGGCAACACUAAAUUGGCCCUAGUGUGUGAAUGUGAGUGUGAAUGUUGUCUUGUCUAUCUGUUGGCCCUGUGAUGAGGUGGCGACUUGUCCACCUUCCGCCCGAUUGUAGCUGAGAUAGGCUCCAGCGACCCCGAAGGGAAUAAGCAGUAGAAAAUGGAUGGAGGGGCAUUGUUACAGUCAGUCAUUGGCAGGCCGUGCGCUUCCCAACUAGGCCUUCAUUGACGUCCUACUUAGUCCGACUUCAAAAAAUGGAAAAAUAAUAUACAGAAACAUACUUGCGCACUACUGUCCAUUGAAUCACCUCAAUAGCGUACAAAACAGGUUAAUUUUCGGCGCAUCGGGCAAACCCUUUCACCGCCGGGACAGCUUAGCCGGCUUAGCCAGCUUCCGGGGUCCGUGGACCUCGUCUCACAAGAUGUAGUUUCUCUUUAAAUAUUCUUAUUGAAAAUGGCCUUGCAAAUAUUUAUCUGCCACCUAAUCAACAUUUUGCUCUCCUUCUUUGUGGGAUUAAAAAAAAGUACCAAAGAUUUCUUUGCUGGCUCCGGUGCCACUUCCUGCCUUCGCAGAUAACAACUUGUGAUUGGAUACUCACUUGGGAGUGACAAGUGAGUAUCCAAUCACAGUCACGUUUGACAUAAGGCUACCUGGAUGGGCUACUGUCAACAAUUCGUGAUCUGAUUGGCUAUCGCAACUGUCUAUCAACUGAAUGUCGUCUGUUCGUUUACGCUGCACAGCCGCCGCUAAUGUUGAUCCAGAAGGCCUCCAGCAGAAUUCAUCCAGCGCUGGCAACAAGCUCACUGAAAUCUGAUUGGAUAAAAGCUCUAACUUAAAAACAAGCAACACUGGAGCCUAAUAUGCCAUGAAGAGAUUAUGAUGAAUACUUUUAUAUAUUUAUGGAAAGUAAACUAAAAAUAAAUUAAAGGCCUACCGAAAUGAAUUUUUUUUGUUUAAACGGGGAUAGCAGAUUCAUUCUAUGUGUCAUACUUGAUCAUUUCGCGAUAUUGCCAUAUUUUUGCUGAAAGGAUUUAGUAGAGGACGACGACGAUAAAGGUCGCAACUUUUGGUCGCUGAUAAAAAAAAGCUUUGCCUAUACUGGAAGUAGCGUGCCGUCACCGAAGGAAGGACUCCUCACAUUUUCCCAUUGUUUACAAUGCAGCGAGAGAGAUUCGGACCGAGAAAGCGACGAUUACCCCAUUAAUUUGAGCGAGCAUGAAAGAUUCUCUAUUGUGGAUCACGGAUUUGUAUUUUAAACCACCUCGGAUACUAUAUCCUCUUGAAAAUGAGAGUCGAGAACGCGAAAUGGACAUUCACAGUGACUUUUAUCUCCACGACAAUACAUCGGCGAAGCUCUUUAGCUACUGAGGUAACGUGAUAGCAUCGGGCUCAAAUGCAGAUAGAAACAAAAUAAAUAACCCCCUGACUGGAAGGAUAGACAGAAAAUCAACAAUACUAUUAAACCAUGGACAUGUAAAUACACGGUUAAUAAUUUCCAGCUUGGCUAAGCUUAACAAUGCUGUUGCUAACGACGCCAUUGAAGCUAACUUAGCAACGGGACCUCACAGAGCUAUGAUAAAAACAUUAGCGCUCCACCUACGCCAGCCAGCCCUCAUCUGCUCAUCAACACCCGUGCUCACCUGCGUUCCAGCGAUCGACGGAAGGACGAAGGACUUCACCCGAUCAUCCGUGCGGUCGGCGGCUAGCGUCAGCUAGCGCGUCUGCUAUCCAAGUAAAAGUCCUCCUGGUUGUGUUGCUACAGCCAGCCGCUAAUACACCGAUCCCACCUACAACUUUCUUCUUUGCAGUCUUCAUUGUUCAUUAAACAAAUUGCAAAAGAUUCACCAACACAGAUGUCCAGAAUACUGUGGAAUUUUGAGAUGAAAACAGAGCUUUUUUGUACUGGAUUCAAUGGGGUACCAAUACUUCCGUUUCAACGAUUGACGUCACGCGCAUACGUCAUCAUAUAUAGACGUUUUCAACCGGAAAUUUAGCGGGAAAUUUAAAAUUGCACUUUGUAAGUUAACCCGGCCGUAUUGGCAUGUGUUGCAAUGUUAAGAUUUCAUCAUUGAUAUAUAAACUAUCAGACUGCGUGGUCGGUAGUAGUGGGUUUCAGUAGGCCUUUAAGUUUUAAUCAUAUGUGAUCAUGAUUUAUGUUAGGCCAGCAGAGAAGGUCUUGCUGGCCCUGACGGCACACCACUGCUGUCAGUACAUGUCAUGUAAGAGGAGGGCGGAUCGAACAAAAACAUUGAUUUCAAAGGUAGUAUCCAUUUGUGAAACAUAGUUGGGUGAUAAGGUUGAUAUUUGUAUUUUCUUAAUUUUUUUUAUUUUUUUAUUUUUUUUUGCUACUUUUGUUCAUGUUUACAAACUCAAGAAAUAAUAUCCUGGACAAUUGAGGGCAACGACCAAAGGAUUAUAAAAUACGUUUUUGGAUUUAGUUAUUGACUUUGUUUUGCCUGAUUAUAUGUAAUGACAGAGAAUUAAGGAACUAGUUUAAAUAAUGUGUUGACAUUUUUGAACUGUCAAUAGCACUCACCAUAUAUAAAUUGAAAACAUUACACUGUAUGUGAUCGGUAUUGGUAUCAGCUGAUAUCACUGAUCGGAACAUCCCUAGUUAGCGUGUGGAUAAGAGGCCAACACUUAUAGAAAAGUAUGAGUUUUUAAAGUGUGCGUCUUCAUGUGAACAUGGCUCAACCCUAAUCUUCCUUAUAACUUCCUUUUUCCACACCGAGUGACUGUUUUUAAUUUAGUGUGAAACUCCCCCACUGAAGAACUGUUCAAAAUAAAAUCAUUUGUAAUGAACUCUUUGGCCACUAGAUGGCGAUAUAGUAGCGCAAACCCUUCCUGAUGGUGCGGCUACUGGUGCAGCACUUGCACAAUUACCUUCAUAGUUAUCCAGAUGUUUACCA